GUUCGCAUUGUAGUGCAAUAAGUGUAAUUCGUUUUUCUACAGAAAAAGUGCGAAAAAUUCCGCAACUGGAACCAAUGUUCGCCAGGGGAAAGCUUUCCUAACCCAUCGGCCAUCAUGGAUUACGUGUACAUGAGCGGUGAUCCAGCCAAUAGGGCAGAGGACAUCAUCACACUUACAAUGUACGACAAUGGUCCUCCAGCGGGGGACUAUUCGGAAAUCAACUAUGGUACCUUCAACAUUGGAUUUGGCGAACCGGAAAUGAUGGAGCACGGUAUGAUACUGGCGGACGGGGGCGAUCGGUUUGGUGUGUCCACCGUCGUGUUCGACACCCGUGAGGAACUGAUUUGGAUGGGCAAUCAAAGUGGUCACGUUACGUCGUACUACGGGGGAGCAAUGCAGAAGUAUACCAGCUUUCAAGUGCACGCAAAUGAGAUGGUCCGACAGAUUCAUACGAUCGAUUCCGGCAUUCUAGCGCUGACCAGUACGAUGCUUAGGCAUCAGAUUCGGCGGGGAAUACCGAAGUUUACGUAUCGGUCGGAGAAAAUGGUGGAUAUGCUGUGUAUGAUCGAGUAUCAACCGGGCCGGAUGUUGAUCGGUGGACAUCAGAGCGAAUUGAUUGAUUUUGAUUUGGCUACGUACAGUGAGGCGGGGUUUAUUCCGGCUGGACAGAAUGGGUGUGCAAUUUUGCGGAGUCACUCCCGAUAUCUGUGCGAAGGGGAUGCGUACGGAAAAAUUACCGUGAGAGAUCCAAAUACGAUGUCCGUUGAACAUGAAUUGAUGACGCACUCCGGGAGCUUAUCGGAUUUCGACGUGCAAGGCAAUUAUUUGAUUUCUUGUGGAUUCAGUGGCCGGCAGGGGAAUUUGGCAAUCGAUCGUUUUUUGAUGGUUUACGAUAUGCGAAUGCUGCGCUUGGUGUCGCCGAUUCAGCUUUUGAUUGAGCCACAACUGCUGAAAUUUCUGCCGUCUCAUUGUUCUAGGCUGGCAGUUGUGUCCCCGCUGGGGCAGCUUCAGCUCGUAGACACGGUUGAGCUGAGCGAGGCUCGAGUUUGUAUGUUCCAGAUCAAUACAACCGGCUCACAGUGUUUGUCGUUCGAUAUCAGCUCAACCAGCCAGGCAAUGGCUUUCGGAGAUCAAUCUGGGCGCAUAAAUUUAAUUACUGCAACUAAAAUUAACACCCCAACGCUUCAGUUCAAUCCUUUCUCUCGUGAAACGGAAUUCGCUGAUACGGUGGAACCGCUACCAAUGGUUCCCAUUACCGAUCAAAACUUCCCUCUGUCGUCAAUUUUACUGCCUCACCUUACAACUGGGACGCGCUGGUUGAGCGACUGGCCAGAGUUCAUGAAUAGAUACGAGUAUCUUAGGCCAAAACCAAUCAAUCCGGAGAUUACAGCCUCCAUGAAGAUGCAAGGUCCCAUUGGCUAUGCACCGAAUCCGAAAACAUCGCUUCGAAAUCAAAUUCCCUACAUUAUGGAGAAAAACUCGGCCCCAAACCAGAGUUCGGCACCGGCAGCGGGCAACGUACCGAAAGGUUCUACCGAGCAGGGUAUGAAACUGGUUCCCCGACGCUACCGUCGCGUUGAGGUCAAAUAUAGCAAACUCGGCUGCCAGGACUUUGACUUCGAACAGUACAAUCAAACCGGAUUCGUUGGCUUGGAGGCAAACCUUCCGAAUGCCUACUGCAACGCAAUGCUUCAGACUCUUUAUUUUAUUAAUCCGUUGAGGAAAGGCAUUUUGUCGCACUGUUGCUCGAAGGAGUUUUGUCUGGCCUGCGAGCUUGGCUUUCUGUUCCACAUGCUGGAUGUUGGAACUUCGAACCAACCCUGCCAGGCUAGCAACUUUCUGCGCUCGUUCCGCACCGUCCCGGAAGCGGCAGCUCUUGGACUAAUCCUAUCUUCGGAUCAGCGGAGCAGUAAUAAUGGCAAUAUAAAUUUGAUAAGUUUAAUUCAGAACUGGAAUCGCUUCAUUCUACAUCAAAUGCACUACGAACUGUUGGAGGCGUCGAAGAAGAACGAAAAUCGCAUCGCACAGGACGCUUCUCUCUCGGCAGCUGCUAGAAGGCUUCAUCUUUCGGCUGCGCCGAGGCCUUUCAUCCCCGGAGCGGACAUGCAUAUGCAACGACCGGAAGAUUACCAGGAGAGUUUGGACAGCGAAGUACAGCAGUACGAUUCUAACAACGAAAAGUUUCAAUUCCUGGUCGCUAGCAGUGAUUACGAUCAUAUGGCUCAUCCGGAUCACUUCCCGGAAUUAGCGGGAGAAACACGUCCGGAGGCAGCCACUGACACCGCUAGCUCGUACAGAAACAAAGACGAAACGGAAAUAAGCCGCCUAUUUGGAACUCAGCAGAAAACCACUCAACGCUGUCUAAAGUGCAACACCGAACGCGUCAAAAAUAACAUCCUGCUGGUGUGCAAUCUACUCUACCCGUCUAGCACAAACAGCAACAACCGUAACAACGUUGACGGAACAUUCGCAUCGAUUCUGAAAAAUUCUCUCUCAGUGGAAAAGACCACCCCGGCGUGGUGUGAAAAGUGCAACAAAUUUACCCCGACCAAUCAGAAGAGUCGUGUCACCGACUUGCCGGAUAUCCUCUCAAUCAACUGCGGCCUAGAAACGGACAAAGAACUUGACUAUCUGAAAAAGCAGAUGAGUAGACCCCUCGCGCAGGUUGCUUCCGCUUCGACGUCCACUGACGGUGGUGACGCACAGAAAAGCAACGCCGGCAACGGAAAGAUGUGCCGCUACGGAACGCACUGCUCCCGGGUGGAUUGUCACUUCUCUCACCCGAGAAAACCUACACCCUCGGUUGGUACGGGAGUGAGCAACCAGGGCCAGCAGAAGUCGUGGUUCCCGCUGAGCUUCCGCAUGACAAUGGACGAGAAGGAGAACCUGGAGAUCGGUUCGCUGAAGAGUGCUUCCAGCUGUUUCGACGGAACAGACUAUCAGGAAAGUUUGAAACAAGACAAACUUUUCCGCAAAUCGAAAAACUACCGUCUGUCGGCUGCCGUUUGCUACAUCAACGACGGUGCCCAGCGCAACCUGGUGGCACUGGUGCACGUACCGAAGAGCUAUCACGAUCUGAAGAAACACGGCACGGCGGCGGCGGCAGCAGCGGCAGCGGCUGCGACUACGCCGGGACCCAGCUAUGCCGACGGCUGUUGGUACAUUUUCAACGACUUCAGCAUUCAGGCGGUUUCGGUCCAGGAAGCGGUUUGGUUCACGCUGGACUGGAAGGUUCCCUGUGUGCUGUACUACACCAGCACCGGGCUGCGCGACGGACAGGGUGACGAUAAGGAAUGCCUGACGCAGUACGUCAACCCCUUCACCAACGAGCUGUUUAUACAACCGAACACCGCAGGUGUUCCGGUUGGCGGAGAUAAGAAUUUCAAACCAUUAGAUCAAAAUGAAAUCUUCCGUUCGGGUGAUUUGGUCGCGAUGGACGCCGAGUUCGUUACGCUGAAUCCGGAGGAGAGUGAGAUUCGCUCCGACGGUAAGAUGUCCACGGUUAAGCCAAGCCACAUGAGUGUCGCUCGGAUCACGUGUAUCCGUGGUCAGGGUGCGGACGAGGGGGUUCCCUUCGUAGACGACUACAUUUCGACGCAGGAACAAGUUGUGGAUUACCUGACGAAGUUCUCCGGCAUCAAACCGGGCGAUCUGGAUGCUAACUUCAGCAGCAAACGGUUGACGACGUUGAAAAAUUCUUACCAGAAACUGCGCUACCUGGUAGAUAGUGGCGUCAUUUUCGUUGGUCAUGGUCUCAAGAAUGAUUUCCGCGUGAUUAACAUCAUCGUUCCACCGGAACAGGUCGUCGAUACGGUUUACCUCUUCCACCUGCCGCACCAUCGGAUGGUUUCGCUACGCUUUCUGGCUUGGCAGUUUCUCGGCAUUAAAAUCCAGUCGGAAACGCACGACUCCGUCGAAGAUGCCCGAACGGCACUGCUGCUGUACAAGCACUAUGUAAAACUGAACGCCAAGGACGAGUUCAGCAUGGCGCUGUCCAAUCUGUACGAGACGGGCAAGAAGCUGCAGUGGAAGGUGCCGGAUUAGGAAUAGGUGGUGAUAUUUUGAGUGUCAGUAUUUCUUUUUGUUUCAUUUGUUUCCGAUGAUUGGUUUCAAAUUUGAUUUUAGUAAGAAUGUGUACUCAUUUUUUAUUUGGUAGAAGUUAUCAUGAUACGUUUAUGUCACUUAUUGCUAAUACAUUUAUAUUAUUUAUUUUGCAGAAAACUGUAUCGAAAGAUCACAAUAAAGAGAGGAUUCAUACA